AAAACUGAAUUGAGGCUUUUUAGUAUUAGGGUUCAUUAACUUUUUAGUUACAAGGAAAAGAGGUUGGGUUCUUCUCAUUCGGCAAGGCCCUAGCUUGAAUCUCCUCGACGGCAGACGACUAUGGCGCAAGGCUUCAGGUUGGGUGGUUCUCGGCGACGCAGGGGCUCAACACACUCGGUUCUUCUCGGCGAUGGCCUCAGGCGACGCAAGAGCUCAUCGACACAAGACUUCUGGCUCAUCGACGGGUGGUUCUUGGCUGGCGGUGAUUGGUGGUUCUUGGCUGGCAGUAACUGGUGGUUCUCAUAGCCACGAGCAUAUUCUUUGCCACCUUCUAAUGUGCUUCUGAUCAAGUGGAUUCACCAGUGGGUUCUAUUCAUCCAGGGGGAGUGUCAGUGAUGCAUUGUGGCCUUGCUGAUAUGUGUGAUCUUCUCGUCGAAAAGAGUUUGUUGUUAAAUCGAUGUAAUUGAAUAUGAGCGUUUGAGAAAUUCUUGAAGGCAAUGGUUAAUCGUGAAUAAAUAGUUAUAGCACAUUAUUCCUUUUUUGCUUGUUCUUGUGUAAUGUCUGUUGACAUUGGCCAUUUCAUUCUGUUAAUGAGUAGACAACAAGAACAUCAUAGCAAUGAAUCUUUCAUUGCUAGUAUUAUUGGCAUUCAUCGUUGUAUAUGUUUACUUGUAUGAAUUACUCUCACAUAGCAUCCUUACUAAUUAAAGGUUAUGCAAAAUUUGAAAUAAACUACUGGUUUUAAUCUUUUCCAUGUUGAUUUUCACUCAUUUAUUUGUAUUUUCUGAGAGGCUAAAAACGUGAAAAUCCCACUCCCGACCCUGGACAUAACUUCAUUCUAGGUUACCCUUGUUAGGGCUCCUACGGGAGUUUUACAGUUUUUCCAGUUCCAGUGUUGUUUUUCAAUGCUGUUAAAGAGGGCUGAGUAAGGUAAAUGCAUGAUAUAUGUCCAAUAUUGCCUGAUCUCAUGACACAGAUGUUUCUUUAUGAUAGAUGACAAGCGCUUGGACAAAUAUGAGCAUUGCAAUCAUACAUAGGGAUAUAGAGAGGGAUGGGGAGAUUCAAUGUGGAGUUAUGGGUGUUAGUUUUUUAUAAUUGGAGAUUCUUGCUCACUCUCAGAAGAUCUAUACAUACAUCUGCUAAUAUUCUGGAGAGGAUGAGGAGAUCAAAUUUUAUUUCAAUAUAUUUUUUGCUUUGGAGCAUCUUGGAGCAAUGGAGCUUGUGGAGCACAGCUCACCUCGAGGAUUGCUCUCUUGGUUUUGAUUGAUUCUUGAUGAUUAAGAAUGUCAAAAGUUAGAGACAGGACUGAGGAUUUUAAAGAUGCCGUGAGGCGCACUGCUGUUUCUUUGGGAUAUGAUGAGUCUAAAUUGGCCACCAUUUUGGCAAAUUUUAUUAUCCACAAGCCUCGCCAAAGAUCAGCUUUUACUAGAGGCGCACUGAAAAUACUUGAGAGCAUUAAAACACUAGAACAGUUUAUGUUGAAACAUCAUAAAGAUUUUGUGGAUCUACAUCGCACUACUGAGCAGGAGAGAGAUAGCAUUGAGCAUGAAGUUGGUGCCUUUAUUAAAGCAUGCCAAGAUCAAAUUGAUGUUUUAAAAAACAGCAUAAAUGAUGAAGAAACAAAUUCAACGGGCUGGCUUGGCAUUCGGGUUGAUAAAUAUAAUGCUGAUACUGUAGCACACAAACAUGGGGUGGUUUUGAGUUUGAGUGAGAAGCUUCACUCUGUGACCUCACAAUUUGAUGGCACCGCCUCCACCACCUCCAACAGACCAAGCUUUUGAUGAAAAUUUAAGAGAGUCGCCAUCUAUUCAGUUCAGGAGUCACAAGAUGAUUCUUAGUUUAUUUACAUUAAUUUACUAAGGAAUGAACUUUAUGAAGUUUUUUUUAUUUUAGUAGGGGUAACUUUAAAAUGAUAACUUUAUCACUUAUUUUAGUAUUGAACAUUGUAAAGAAUUUUAGCAUUAAACAUUUUAUUAUUGAAUGGUUUUUUAUAGUUUA